ACGUAUUAGAGACCGGCCGGCAGACACGGGAAUUGUUCUGUGCCCUAGCAAAAUGGUAGCCCCCAUUAACUUUGGAACUGUCGCUUUGAGUCAGUGUGUUACUGCUCUAUUCCACCCUAUUGGACAUGCUAAAAUUUUGAUUCAGCUUGGACAUGAGCCAAUACCAGCUAAACUUGGCACCAAUAUCUUUGGAAAGGAAUAUUAUUAUUACCCGAACAUUCUGAAAUAUGCUGGACAUAUAUGGACCACAGAUGGAUUCAUUGGAAUGUACACAGGCUUGUUACCCCGUGUGCUGGGAGCCUUCACUGGUACCUGUACUCAGAAUGCAGUUCUAGAGUGGUUGAGACAAGAUGAGAAAAAAGAAAGUGAGGAGGAGGAGGAAGAUGGAACAGACUGGAUUAAAACACUGUGUAUAAAGACUGGACAAGAAACAGUGGCAAAAUGUGCUGCAGUUAUUUCAAGCCAACCUUUCCAUGUGAUUAUGGUCAGGCAGAUUGCUCAAUUUGUUGGAGGAGAAAAAAUAUACUGUGGCCUUUUUCCAGCUAUUGGAGAAAUUUAUCACUCAGAUGGAAUUAAAGGCUUCUUUGCAGGGCUCACUCCACGAUUGCUAGGGGAAAUUAUACAAAUAUGGGCGUCUAACCUAAUUAUAGGAGCAUUAAAUAAAUAUGUUAUCCCUACAAAGGAUCUGGAUAAAUGGAAUGUGCCUGGAGAGGCCCAGUCAUAUGUACCAUUGUUUGUUGGGCUUGUAGUUUCCAAUUUUACAUACCCCUUUACAUUGGUGUCCAAUGUUAUGGCAGUUGCUGGAACUGAGUUGGUGGCUGCAUCUCCACCUAAUAUGAAACCGUAUGCAGACUGGAGUGAAUGCUGGAAACACUUAAAGGAGACUGGUAAUAUCAAGAGAGGAAACAGCCAAUUCUUCCGUGUGGACAGAAAUCGCGUCGGAAAGCCGCUGCUACAAAGAGUUGUUAAACAGGCUCCCUUUAAAUAGAAACAUUUUUUACACGAAAUAUAUUAUGAACAUAUUUCACAAAGAGAUAACAAUCUACAGGGAAUUAAUUUUGAUGCAGUGUAUUCUGUUUUAUGAAUAUAUCAAGAUUUGAAAGUGUGCUGAAAUCAUAUCUUAUAUGUUGUUUUAUUUAGGAAAUGAACAUCAUGUUUUAUGUUGUAUCAACCAGGAUUUGUGGUAUGUGCAUUUUUGGUCCUAUGAAUUAAGACUCACAGCUUAUUUUCACAUAAAUUUACUCAUUUUUGUUUCAUGGGUGAAGUUUCAUAGCAUAUUUCAUUUAAUGGUAACCAAACAAUGAAAAAUUAUGCAAAAAUAGUCAAGAUACCUUUGUUGUUAUCAAAUGGUUUAUUUUUGUAUUUCUAGGCAUUUCUAUAUAUUUCAAAGCAAUUAACUGUAAUAGACAAAUCAGCCUUGUUAAUCAAUAUGCUUUAAAUUAUAAUUAUUUGCUUUACUUAUUUCAUAAUAACCUUUACAUAUUAAGAAUAUUUGAAGCUAGGAUAUAGGUAUAAUUAUAAAAAAAAAUGCAUUUUUUAACUUAUACACUGCUGAUUUUUUAAAAUGAACUUGCCCUGUUUACAAUUUGGAUGAGUUCAUUGUUAAUUUGAGGGAUAUUGACUUUGAUAGCAAAAAUUUAACAAUUGAGCAGCCAAUGGAAUACAUAUAGAGUCUGGUCACGCUGAUUUUUUUAAAAAAAUGAACUUGCCCUGUUUCAAACUUUGAUCAGUCCAUUAUUAAUUAUAGGGAUAUUGAAUUUAAUAGGUAAAUAAAUGGAACAGCCAACUGUGUAGAGUGGUCAAGUUCAUGCAUGGAUGUUAAGGCUAACCUGGCUCUAUACAGGUGGCAAAAAUCCCAUGUUAUUGCUGUUCAUAUUCAAAAGGAGCUAAACUCUGCAUCUGAUUGGUCGAAUUUUUGAUAUGUUUUACAAAUAGAGCAUUUCAAGAAUUUCAUAUUAAUCAGUUAUUUAUAUCUGCUAAGUGUGUUUUGUUUUCGAUUAAAGAUUAUAUUUUUGAGAGAGAAAAUACAUGUACUCAAAUUGGUCAGAAAUUUAUUGUUACAACAUGGUAAAGUUGAUUGAUAUGAUUUCUGUUGCAACUUAAAUAUCUUAAGUUUCUGUGAAAUGUGAUGAAAACAGUUAACUAUUAUAUAACAUGUAUAGUCAUAAUAAUUUACUAAUGCUUUUAUUGUUACUUUAGUCAUAGGACCUUUACAGUGUGAGAGUGGCUUAAAACCAAAGUAUAUUUUCCAUUUAGAAUUAUAGUUUGCAUUCAACAUAUCCAUUACAGUAUGUCAUACUUUUACAUUAUAAAACUGUUGUAACCUGUUAUAAGGUACAAUAUUAUAAAAAAAAAAAAAAUAAUUGCAACAUCGCUGAUUGGUUAACGAGUCUGUAUAGUAAUCUAAUGAUUGCUAGCCAUAUGGGAUCAAACCCUGUCAGGGGCAAGUCGUUGUGUCCUUGAGCAAGAAACUUUACACUCUUUGCUCAGUACAGGUUGUUUCCAAGAACGGACUCAAGAGUGUCUAUAAGCUGAUAGCUUCCUACACAAGCAAACUGAAAUAAAUUCUGUAUAAACCAAUAUUAUAAAAAAAGGUUGGGCAAUCUCUCUCAUUGUACCCAGUCAUGGUCAUUUUGGUGAUGGCAUAAUGUAAGUUUAUAAGAUUUUGCUUGUAACUUUAUAUUUUACUCUGACUUCUGAGAAACUGUUUUCAUGGCUUUACACAUGUUUUUGGUAUCAUUAUUGCAGAAUUCUGACCAAGAUAUGUAACUCUAGUACAGAUCUUUACCAAAUUAUUUCCCUUUGUAUUUUAAAGCCCUUAUAGCCUUUGUUUUCACAAAGCACUGAGGGUUGUCAAGUGCAAUUUCCUGCAUUCUAACAGUUUACAAUACAAUAAUGAAAUACAUGUAUUAAAUAUGCAGAAAAUGGAAGUAGAUCUACAUGAAUCAGAAAGAGUUUAAUUUUUACCAAUGAUGCUUCAUUCAUUAUGUUAUUGUAAAAAUACUCAUUUCUGGUUGUUGGUAAAUUCAUUUGGUACAUUGUUUGCAAGUUUUCACGUUUUUAAUGUUUAUCUUUAAAUGGGUUUGGAAUAUUAGGUUUAGUUUAAACAUACAUUACUCGUAUAAUAAUUUCUCAUGAUUUUUCUGUUGCUUAACUGUAAACUAAACACCAAUAUAUGUUGUGAAUAUUUAGUUAACCAGGAAGAUGUAUUUUUCUGUUUUGAAUGAAUAAUUUGAAUGUAUACAAUGUAUUUAUAUGGUGGGAAUUGUGGGCCAUCACCAAACAAAAGGGAUAUUUGUAUGUAUGAUUUAGUCAGAGAGCUUUUAUAAACAAAAACAAGGUAUUUAUUGUAAUUCAAACAUACUAGUUGUUAAAAUGCAAAAGAAAUAUAAAUGUUAUAAUUAUAAUCAUAAUUAUAAUCAUAAAAAGGACAUAUUUUGAAGGAAAGAAUUAAAGUGCUUUCACUAGACAUACUAUGGAAUAAAGAAUAUUUUGUGUUUUUCUUAGCUAAUCUGGAGAUAGAAACAAACUUUUACAGUUACAGCUUCGAAAAUAAGCGCAACAUGUUAACUUUUCUAUUAUGACUUGCACCAUGAAGCUAUUAUAACGGUAAAAGUUUGUUUGUACUGAGGGUUUAGAUUGGAAAAAACCCCAUUUGCCGAGUUCCGGAUAACAUAUAUUUACUGGCAAUAACAUUCUUUGAUUUAUGCGAUGAGCUUCAAAAUUGUUGCCACAACGUUCCUAUUUAUUAUAUAUUUUUUUCUGCAAGACACCCCCCCCCCCCCACAGUUGAAAAACUGCUUGAACAUUUUUGUUACAUGAUUUAGAAUUAGGCAUGGUAUACAUACUUAUUGGUACAUAUACAUACAUAAUACAUUGUACUUUUCCAUGAAUAAAUUUUUUUUUCCUGUUUGUUUAUGUUAAAAUUCUUGAUCUAUCUAUCUUUGUUUUUUCGAAAGUUGCUUUCUUUGAGGAAGAUAGGUCAAGAUUUCCAUGGUUAUAGUUACCCCUGCAAAAAUACUUUAAAUUUGCAGUUCCACUGGGUACAACUGUGAUUGUUAGCCUGCAAAAAGAGAUAACUUCUGGUUCGUUAUCCACUGUGAUAAUUCCUGAUAAUUUAUGAUGCACUAUAAAAGGAUUCAUACUUUCAUUAGUUUGAGUUUAAACAGUAAUGACAGUUUUUUGUUAUGACUUUUACCAGAAUUAUUGCUUAGUUUUAGGUGUGAAUGGGAGCUAAGUUCAACAUGUCCUUUGGAUGCAGUUCUUUAGAUAAACAUGUAUAUGUAUUUAUGUGUUUAACUUUGUUUGGUGCAUAUGUUAACAUUAAGUAUGAUUUAUUGUUAAAAUAAUUCAGUCAGAAAAAAGGACAAAAAUAUUAGUAACUGCUAAAAAAUCUUCUCUUAUGUUUUAAUUAUGAAUAUUUUUUUCUUGCUUAACUAAUCUUUAUUUUAUUCAUGUGUGUAAGUUGGGCUCACUACAGAGCAGAAUUUUGUUGAUAGUAUUUUUUUUAGUUUUUGAUUUAAAUGCAGUGGACAGACAUUGUGUAUUUUAGACAUUUAGUAAAUUUAAUACAAUUCAAAAUUGUCUGCCACAAAAAAAAAAUAAGCUGUUGAUCACUAUCUAGCUGUGGCAGUUUUGAUUUCAGAUUUCUAUGUAAUUAACUUUUUAAUUUUUGGCAAUUUGCAGUUUUAUUGCAUUAUUAUGCAUGGAAAUUAGGCAAUUCUGUAUACUUAAAAUGUGCUCAAAUUGGCAUUCUGAAGUAUCAAAUGCAACAGUAUAUAGGUAUUUUGUGGCAUGUUUUCAUCAAAUGUAUAUUAUGCCAUGUGUGUAUGAAUUUAUCAAUUAAAUCUUGUGUUAAUUCGAUGUAAUAGAUAGAAUAGAUAUAAAUAAUAAGUAAAGAAACAUGAUUAUUUAUGAAAUUAUAAUGCAUGAAUAUGUAAAGCAAUGGUGUUUUUUUUCUCAAGCAUGCCAUUUGGAUUUAGUUACAAGAAUACACACCGUCAUGUAAUGAAAUGUUAUGAAAAUACACAACAAAGUUUAGUAUUUUUA